AGGCCACUGAGACAGUGAGUUGGAACUCAGUCGAAUCUCAGCCACCCUGUCUCUACCUUCGGGUACUUCACUUGUCACUGUAUGUGGCUCCCCGCGGAGCUGGGAUGUCCUUGGGAGAGGGGCCCGCCUGCCUGAGCAGGUCCUCACUGUCUGACCUGGGCCUGGCACGCAGUGGGGCACAGAAAGCGCUGGCAGAUUCAGAGGGGCCGUUACUGGCCUGGGGCAUCGGUCCUAGCACAGUGUCAGAUUUGGCAGCGGGAGGCUUGGCCCUGAUUCGUGCUGGGGGUGUGGUUUGCACAGGUGUUUCUAACACACUUGGUUUCCUACCAAUGGAGACCAUAAGCGCCCCUCUGCAGAGUGGGGAGCCAGAGGCCACAGGGAGGGUGAAUCUGCUUUGCAUAAGGCUGGGCACAAGCAGAACAGAAGUGCGUCACAAGCCGGGCACACAGCCGGGGCGAAGGGGUGGCAGUGACCCUGGGUCCUGGGGCCCCGCGGAGCCCGUCUCCAGCAGAGGUGGCGCUCUGCCCAGAGGGGGGGCAGAGGAGAGAAGAAACACAAUGAACCUGCUAACAGAAAGCACCUUCUGCUACCAGUUUGGCAACCAGCACAAAGUCAAGGAGCCCAACGGCAGAAGGAAGACCUACUUGUGCUAUCAGCUGAAGCUCCCCGAUGGUCAGACACUCCACAAAGACUACAUUAAAAACAAGAAAAAGCAACAUGCAGAGAUUUGUUUUAUUGACAAGAUCAACUCGCUGAACUUGGACAAAACCAAGAGAUACGACAUCAUCUGCUUUAUCACGUGGAGCCCCUGUCCCUUCUGUGCUAAGGAACUGGUUGCUUUCAUCAAAGAUUGUCCCCACCUGAGCCUGGAAAUCUUCGCCUCCCGCCUGUACUUCCACUGGAUCUGGGGAUAUCAGGUUGGGCUGCAGAGUCUGCGGCAGCCCAACAUCCAGGUGUCGGUCAUGAGAGAAAAAGAGUUUGCUGACUGCUGGGAAAACUUUGUGGACAACCAGGGAAAGGAUUUCAAACCCUGGGAGAAGCUGACUCAGUACAGUACAAGGAUAAGGCUCCGGCUCGAGAGGAUCCUCGGGAAGACCCACAGAACACACCUGGCCUCGGAGCAGAGCUCAGAAUGCAUUCAGGAUGAAAACGACUGCGUGGAUGCCAUCAGAAACCUGAACUUGGAUGCCCAUCACCCUCAUUACGAAGAGUGGACCCAAGACGCGUGUUCCUGAAGCACCUCCAUGCUGCGUGAACUGCUGAAUCCCAGGAGCAAGAAGUGAGCUCCGGGCAUGGCCGCCCCUCGCCCAAGUCCAGAAACCCUUUCUUCCUCCUCUUUCUUCUGCUUUCUUUUCCCUUAUA